UUCAAAAUACAAUGGACAAUGGAUAUUGACACGAGGAGCGCAAAAUCAAAGUAAAUGUGUAGGCGUCAGAAUUCAAGACACGAGUCGCAUGAGAUACUGGCCAGAAAAGGUCUCGAGGAUCAAUCACCUGCACAUGCGGCUAUUGUUUCAAGGUGCUGAUCCAUAUCCUUUCAAGCAGUUGGAAGGUAGAGUUCAACAUGUUGGACGUGGUCGAUCAUAUCUUUGCAGUGUUAGGCCGAGUAAGUGGUCCCAAAUCACACAGCGGUGGAUUGCAAAAUUGGUGCAACACAAUGUAGCUAAAUUGGAGUUCCGCAAGUGUGACCAACGCAAAACCUGUGAGACGAGUCUGCACUCACACGUCCGCAGAGGCGAUGUUGUGCGAUGUACGACGGGAAUCCCAAGCGAUGGAUGUGGCCAUCAGUAAAGAAUAUCAUC